CAUUCCAUCCAGCCGUCGAAGCCGUGUUCUCGGGGGUUUGGGAUUGUGAUUUUGUAUCAAUCUCUAUAGUUAAUGUGCCAACAACUACCCUAAACGAAGAAAAGUGAAACGAUCGAGCUAACUGCAAAGCUGCUCGCCAGGAUCUGCCGAGCCCGCAUUAUCUGUGAUAUACAGCUCAGCCUCUCGUCCGUCCUAAAAGGGCUGGGCCACUCGGGGCUUGAGGCGUAUCCGCAGCAGCUUCAGUGGUGAUCUCACCCGCCCUCUGCCACAGAGGCACAAACACUGCUACCUGCUUAUGACUGCAUCACUACGAACCAUUGUUACUUAGUCUAUAAUUGAAACAAUAUGCAAUCUGUGAAAAUAAGUAUAAUACUAGGUGGAUAUUGUAGAAAAUUAUUCUAUUUAUAAUAAUUGUCUGAUGUCUAAUGUUUCUGUAAUAUUAUGUGUUCCACAUUUAAUUAAGGAUAAUUGUUAUUCCAAUAUUGAUACUGUUACCGAACCAAUGCAAUGUAAUAACUCCACCUCAAUGUUGGUGGUGAACACAAAUAAAUUUGGUGCUUAUAAGCGAGUCGAAGAGAAGAAUGAAAGUCAGCAAGUUAGUGUAAAAUUGGUAGAUAAUAAUAUUUAUAAUGUAGAGUUUGUUGAUAGUAUCCAACAAAACCAAAUGAUUGGCGAUACGCCUAACUACUGCAUUCCUUUAAAGAUUAACGCCAUAACAGUCCAGGGUAUCUCAUACAGUGACCCGUAUUUCAGUAGCUUUAACUUAAACUAUAAGAUGGCGUUUGGAGCGCCGGAGUAUAUGAACAAGUCUGAUUACGCUUUUAAAUCCUCAGUUUGUAUUAUACAAGAUGAGCCUUGCACGGACAAGACGCAACUACUAAAAGAUAAUAUGCCCGCUCAUAAAAUGAUAUGUAAAACGAAAACUCGAAUGAAUACGACUUACGACAAGUCUGUCGAAACUGACCAUGACAAUAAAGCAAAGGAUGUUGGUAACAAAACAAAGCAACUGAAUGUCAAAACUUUUGCUAACGGUGAUCUAACAUUUGAUGCGAUGGUGGAGUUACUGAGUAAGGAGAAGGAGAUCAUCAAAGAAUUGAGGAAGACUGAAAGUACAAACUUAUGGGGAGUACCGCGUUGUUUGCGGCUAGUUGGUGGUGGAGAAAGCUCACUCAACGCUGCCAGUGGAUGGGGCAGCCCACCUGCCGCCAAUAAUGCUGGAAAUUGGGGUGGUAAUUCCAGUGGCCAAACGAAUAACGGAACUAAUAGUUCCCAACAGUGGAACAGUUCGCAGCGUCCACCCACUUCCCAAGCUGACAUGAACAGUAACAAGGGGAAUGGCAAUCAGAUACCGCCGACCAGUGCAGCAUCGCAGAAUUGGCAAUCUUCCCCGCCUAAUAUGCCAAAUUCACAACAAAACAACAAUGGUGCACCACAAAGUAAUGGCACAAACAAUGCUGCCAACGGUAAUGGCAAUGGUGCCAAUCCCUCGAACACAAACGGCCCGUCACCCAAUGGCAGUAACGGGAAUAAUUCGAACAACAAUUCCUCGGCGAAAAUAGAACAGUUGAACUCUAUGCGAGAGGCGCUUUACAGUCAAGACGGCUGGGGUGGCCAACAUGUGAACCAGGAUACCAACUGGGAUGUGCCUGGCUCUCCUGAGCCGGGUUCGAAAGUUGAGCCAGCAGCUGCUGGUACCCAGCCAGCUUGGAAGCCGGUGAACAAUGGUGCUUUUCUUGGAACUGAUCUUUGGGAGGCUAAUCUGAGGAACGGGGGACAGCCUCCGCCGCAGCCUGCUUCGAAAACACCCUGGGGACAUACCCCUACGACGAACAUUGGGGGCACAUGGGGUGAAGAUGACGAUGCCGCCGACUCUGGUAGUGUUUGGACGGGUGCUCCUCCACCACAACAAUGGCCAGCUGGGCCUCCUCAACACAAUCAACAAUGGAGCGUGCCUAAGAAAGACGAUUGGAAUGCUUGGGGUGAACCCCAUAGGCCUUCUGAUCCAAGACUGGACCCUCACCGCACACCUGAUCCGAGACAGCAGCCCGCGGAUCCACGCGGUCAUGAUCUUCGCGGAGGAAUCUCUGGACGUCUGAAUGGGGAUAUGUGGAACCAGCACCAUCAACACCCUGGUGCACCUAACAAGAUGAUGCCAGCCAGCACUGUCAAUCAAUGGGGUGCACAGGGUCCAAAAGAACCAAUCAAGUCAUCCGGAUGGGAAGAACCUUCCCCGCCGGCAGCGCGCCGUACCGGAACCGGUUUCGAGGACGGCACGUCGCUAUGGCAACGCAGUAUGGGAGGGAUGUCCCGAGGAGCUCCCCAAGGCCCGCCCGCAUCACAACGUAUAGCACCCGCACCGACCAAACCCGACGCGGUUUGGGGAACGCAUUCCCAGAGGAACGGCUCUUGGGAGGAGCCCCAUAGUACUGGAUGGGGGGGAGAACGGGACGUCCCCACUUGGCCGGAUGCAUCUGGCCCCGCUCUAUGGCCUGUACCCAAGCCGAAACCCAGCGGGCCGACUGCCUGGCCCGAUGACAUUGGAGAGUGGGGUGGACCCAAGCCACCUCAGAGCGGUUUGCCCCAUGGCAAACAGCUGCCAAAGGAGAUGCUUUGGAAUAGCAAACAGUUCAGAUAUCUCGUCGAGUUGGGUUACAAGAAGGAAGAAGCCGAGGCAGCUCUCCGUAGCAGAGACAUGAACGCAGAGGAAGCACUGGAACUGCUGGUAGCCGCUCGUGGAGAAGGCUGGAGGCGUGACGAUCACUUCCACCAUGGACCCUUCCAGCCGCAGCCUUCUGUACCAUCGGUGCCACCAGCUGUCGUACAGAAGUUGCUCAACCAGCCACCACCACCCUCGGUGCAGCACCAUCCUUCUUACAAUCCUAAUAGUGGAACCGGAAGCAGCGGCCAACCAAGCACUGCUCAACUGCGCAUGCUCGUGCAACAAAUCCAAAUGGCCGUAUCAGCCGGCUACUUGAAUCAUCAGAUCCUGAACCAACCGUUGGCACCCCAAACGUUGGUCCUACUUAACCAACUGCUGCAACAAAUCAAAGUGCUGCAGCAUCUUGUACAGCAGCACACCCUGGCUAUACCGAAGCCAAACUCUACUCUUGCGAUGCAGUACUCCAUGCAGAUUACUAAGGCCAAGCAACAGAUUACCGCCCUACAGAAUCAAAUAGCGAAUCAGCAAGCUCUCUAUAUGAAGCAGCAGACCGGCGGUAGUGACUUGUUCAAGCAGAGUCACGACCCUCUCGCGCCGCUGCAGAACAACUUCGGUGAUAUGUCUAUUUCGAAGGAUACCCAAUCCGCCUAUGGCCCCAGUGGCAAUCAGCAAUCACGCUUAACCCAGUGGAAGUUGCCAUCUCUGGACAAGGAUGGCGAAGUUAACGACUUCAGCCGUGCACCGGGCACUGCUAAGUCAGCUACCAGCCCACAGCUCGGCCAGAUUGGCCUGCAACCUGAGUCUCCAUGGGGCAUGAGUCGCGCAUCGGAAGGAUGGGGUGACUCGGGCGCUGACGUCGCCGACGGCAAAGACGCCUGGCCGUCCCACGCCUCUCACCAGCCCGCCUACGACCUGGUGCCCGAGUUCGAGCCUGGCAAACCCUGGAAGGGCAAUCAGAUGAAGAACGUAGAAGACGAUCCAGCCAUGACCCCUGGUUCGGUGGUACGCUCUCCACUCUCGCUUCCCAGUAUAAAAGACACUGACAUGCUCGGUGGCAAAACCUCCCCACCGGGGGGUGAAAGGUCCCUAUCCUCAUCCACCUGGAGCUAUGCGCCACCCGCUACCUCCUCUGGGGGUCUGAAGCCGUCCGACGCUUGGGGCGCCAAGCCCCGCCCCGCGCCUCCCGGCUUGCCCAAAUGGCCCCAACAUCACGUGAACUCGCGUGCUGUGCCAUCUUGGCAGGCGUCUACAUGGCUCCUAUUGAAGAACCUCACUGCCCAGAUCGACGGGUCAACUCUGAAGACACUGUGCGUGCAACACGGGCCGCUACAGAAUUUCCAUCUCUACCUGAACCAGGGACUGGCGCUAGCACGCUACUCUACGCGCGAGGAAGCUGCUAAGGCUCAGAUGGCGUUGAACAACUGUGUUUUGAGCAACACUACAAUCUUCGCGGAGUCCCCCGCCGAGUCCGAGGUGCAGAUGAUUCUGCAGCACCUCGGCUCGGGCGGCGGUGGUGCCUGGCGUGGCGGUGGUGCCAAAGACAGUUGGGGUGGCGGAUUCCCGGGCCUGUGGCCGGAGCAGCAUGAGCAGCGCGCCACGCCCUCCUCACUGAACUCGUUCCUGCCUCCGGAUCUGCUCGGCGGGGAGUCCAUCUAAACACCCACCGACCAGCCGCCGCCCCUGUGUGGCCACGGAACUCGCCCAGCUAAUAUAGUUCACGUUGAGGUACCACAUUCGUCUCUCGCGGACAGCUACGAAAUUUUCGCGGGACAAUCGUUAUCGUAACACUGAGCAAUAACACGUAAAUUCCGGCGGGAAUUUCGCAUGUGUCAGAGUGGCCUUAGCCGUCGUCAGGCGAGCGUGCAAUGACUGUGAUGUAUUUAUGUUAUGUGAUGCCGUGGCCGCACGGGGCGCGCCCGGAGGUGUCUAGUUGUAAUUACGCUUCGCCGCACCCCGCACGGGGCCGGACUAAUUUUAUUCGCCUAGUCACAUCGAGUCGGACGCGGGGCGACGCGCCGCGCCGUCUCGCGCCCGCCGUAGCCAACUGUCCACAAUACUAUUAUCUACUGUUUCGUAAGUGUUCAUGUAGAUUAUUUAGUGUACAUAAGAAUUAUACAUAUACAACGUCUCAGACAUAUAAUGUACGGAGGGUCACACCCGAGCGGGCGGCGCGCGGUAAGACUCGUGCGUCGCCCGCGGCCGCGGCUCCUGUAAAUUACCAAAUAAUGUAAGCUAUCGGAUAGAGUAGUUGCGUCGCGGGCUACCUCAGUCACUCGUCCCGUGGCCUUAUUUUAGUCUGUAUUUAUUUUGUUGCGCUCGCGGGCUGUUGCUGUUUCGCCCGUGGAGCUUUGCGUUCCGAGUUUCUUUCGUGUUUUUUUUUUAUAUUCGUGGUUUUGUCGCAUACGCCCUAACGUAUUUUUAUUAUUAUUAUAUUAUUUAUUCAAUUUUAAAAUUCUCACUCGCGAUGAGCCCUCGUUUUCCAGUAGUGAUAUUUUAUACAGCAAUAAAAAAAAAAUUAAGUGCAUUUCGCCCGGUUAUCGAAGUUUUUAUUAUUAUUAUUAUUAGUAUGUAAUUUUAAUGAGAAUAACAAAAAUCGAAAUGGAUGAGAUUCGAAGUGCAUUCUUGUAGAAAUAAAUUCCUUUAAGCCGUAUAGUCUGAGAGGGAAGGAGUAGGUCGGCGGCGCCGACGCAUCUUGCCGGGCGGGCCGGUCGUCGGACCGCGUCGACCGAUCCGUCGGACGUCGUCGGACCGGUCCGGCGGUCUAGUUCCGCCGAUGCUAAUGUUUCCCCAAAUUUUUUCCAGUAUUUGUGAUUCAAGUGCCACUUUAUGUUUAAUAUAUGAAACGAUUAUCUAGAUUAUACGAUUAAUGUAAGGGUAACCUAAUAUAUUAAAUUGAAAAUUGUUUUAUCAUUUUAUAUUACAUACAUUUGUGAGAAGUGUUAUAAAGUACUAUAAUUGACCGUAAUUUAAAUAUUACACUUUUGUGUAUAGGUAAGGAUAAAGUUCUAACUUAAAUUUAGCCAUAUCAAUAUCUAUUUAAUAAAAGAUUUGUGGUAUUUUCUAUAGGCUCAAUUUAAACGUUAUUCAAAGUGACAUAUGCUUUAGAUAUUCUGUUAAUAAUAUACUUGUAGUCGUAGGUCUCUCGGUAUUACAUCAUCGUAGAUAUUAAGCGUACACCUAAGUCCUAUCGUAGCUUACGAUAAGCGAACGAUUGAUAUAUUACGGCAACGAUCGCACUUGUAAAUGUUCGUUACUAUAAAGGUUUAUUUACAUUUUUAUUUACUAUUUAAUUUAUUGAUGGUGUGCCACAGAGAUACUCUGCCAAAAUAUAUCAAUACCAAUAUGUAACAGGAUUAGCUAGUAGAGGCGAGCAGGAUCGCACAUGCACCCACCACGCUCGCCGAGCAGAGCCGAGCGGGCGCUCGCGGGAAGCAAUUGACUUUAUUAAUGUACAUUAUGUAUUUUGAACAUCUUCCAGUGAUCUUUUUAAUUAAACAUUACGAUUUAGAGCUAAGUUAGAUGUUAAGUGAUCGCUGUACCUUAUCGAGCCAAGAGCUUGAUGACUUCACAAAUUAUUGAGAUAAGUUAGGUGGUUGCGAUGUUGAGCGUGUUGUGCGUCUGAACCUCUUCGGCCGCUUGGACCCGUAGAAUUAGUGUUAAAUGUUUAUGUGUAUGAUGUGUUCAAUUAGAAACAAUAUUAGCAUUUCUCAUUACCGUAUAUCACCUAUAGUGGGACCGAUUCGACGGUUUUUCGAAGCCACCUCCUAUCUGUUGCAUAUUCUUCAUCGCCUUUCGAAAAAUAAAAAAAUAUAAAAAAAAAUAAAAAAUUGUACCGUGUAUCCAUAAGUGUGUACACGCCUAAGAAGUGAAAUUUCUUUAGUUUAUUUUCAUGAGUUCACACAAUGUUAAACAUCAGGAUCGUGUUGGUUCAAUACGGUGCGGUCCGAUCCGAGCCGGCGGCCUUUCAAUGAGUAAAAGCCGGAAUUGACUUAUUAGUUUUUCUUUACAGUACCCAAAAAAAAAAAGUUUCUCGUGAAUUACAUACCUAUACUAACGAGACUAAAGAAGUUUCACUUUAUAAAUACAGCUUCUUACUAAAACGAUCACCGACUAGUUUUAGAGUGACCAGUUUAUGAUAUAUUUGUCUAAAGAUAUUUUUACUAUAAAAUUUUGAAUAGUAUUAUUAAAGGCUCGGUAUAUGCAACGCGGAAAACUAACGAUUUCGCCUCGAUUAAGAGGCCUCACUGCGGACCUUGUCGAAUGACUUAUAAUGUAAGGUGCCAAAGAAUGAGUAUCAAAGAUAUGAUGACACUGUUUUUUGUGAAAAAAAAAAUUGAUCGCAUCUCUAAUAAGACAUAUCUUCUAAAUUUUUUUUUUGUUUAGAAAAUUCGUUUUCGGUACGGGUUAUUGAUCUGAUGUUCCUAUGCCAUUCGUGUGAUGUCUAAGCAACAAUAGUGCACCCGCUCUUGCGUAACUUUUUAGUGAAUACGUAGCGAUCGUUGCAAUUAUAUUUCGUUCGCUGAAUUCAAAAUGCUCUUUGAUGAAACUAUGAACUAGAACUAUACAUUAAUUACUUCACGCGGUUUAUUAAAGAUUAUAAUUAAGUCUUGCAAUAAUAUUUUAUGCUGCUUUUUGUUGAUUAUAAAUAACUAGGGUAAAUUAAUUACUUAAACUAGUUUUAUACGAGUGACGCUACGGGUGUGUCGUACGUGACAGCUUGCGACAAGUUUGCAGGAGGGGUAAUAGAACCGUGACGUGACUUAAUUAACGUACGACAUAAGAAUAACCAAUUGUUUAAUGGAAUCUCAACUGCCUUUAAACGUUGCGUCAUAAAACAUAUUUUCGUUAUUACGGAUUAUGCAAGGGCUGUUGCAUAUUUUGCAAAUUUUACAUGAGAUCAUUACAAGAGUUUUAUUAAAUUUUUAUUUUAUAAUACAAAAGAAAAAAAAACUAUUGCUAUUUUAUUAUAAUACAGGAACUUUUAUUUAGGGGAUUAGCAUGCCUAUUUGUGCAAGCCCUGACUUUUUGUCAAGCAAACUUGAGGCUAUAGUUUACAACGUGACUUUGAAUAAUUUUAAUACGUGGUUACAGUAUCGUUUCUAUAUCAUUAGUUAUUCUUAUGUGAUCCCAAUGAUUGCGACGAUCGUUAUGGAUAGCGACAGUUACGCGAUCUACCUCUCGAGAGCGGGCCGAUGUCAAUUCUAUUGUUGUUUAGCUCAAUUCAAGUAAAGGUGUUUCUUUCUAUCGUUUGGGUAAUACUUUUAAUUAUCCGGUGCCGUUCUGUCCAGGCCUGCACCGAUGGUUGUUGCCUCAUACGCAGUAGUCUGUUCGUAAUUGUGAAUUUAUUACAGCAAUAAAGUUCAAGAGUUAAUUUUUUAUAAAGAUUUUCCAUUUUUUAUGAAGAAAAAAAAAUUUUUGGUCGUGCCGAGUAACCGAAAGUAUAAGGAUCCAGUGCCCUGUAGAAGUAUGAUGUCCAUAGAAUAAAGACGAAAGAAGUCAUGCCUUGAAGUUUUUUAGUCAGUUAAAUGUAAACAGUACUUAAGUAAUGGGUAUGUUAUUAUAAAGAGACAUAAUAUAGGCGUUGUGGUGUAGUGGUGUUAGGGCACCCCUCACAUAAGGGCGGAUCGCACGUUGCUGUAACUUAAAUAAGCUAUGCAAGGCAGUUUCGUGGUCUUAGAAUAGCUGUGUAAUUGAUAUUUUGAUUGUGAUAGCCCUAUGUGUGGAGGGGCCGUUAGGUGUCGGUAAAGCGGCGAUCGCGAGUCAUUCGGCUACAUAGCCUUACCUACGUGCAAUGACAAUAUACUGUAAAAGCUUAGGAGAAAUAAAAUAUUGGUCUAACCGUUUGGUGCGUGUCCACGAGCGAGCUUAACGCCAAUUCUGCAUUAACACGUCAGGUAAACUCCACUCUGCGAUUAUCCUCUUAACGUAAAGUUUGCGAUACGUACCAGUGAGUUUAAUAUCGUAUCGUCUCGCGGUUGCUGUACAGAUCGCAUUGGUUUUUAGUGAUCUGCCUGAAAUUUGCUCUCGCAGACGUAUGUACAAAAAGUAUCCGCGCAUCAAUUUGUGACUUAUUUCAGUCCGGUUUAAUUAAAUCUCGCACUGUACAGUUUUAAGUCCAAGGUGAUUCUUAAGGCGGUUACGUAGAAUCACGGGAGUCAGUGGGAGAGUUGAAAAGUUACUCGCAUUGAUACAAUAUCGCGUGGUUAACCCGUUUUGGUCCUAUAGACUUGGACACGAUAAACUCGCUCGUGGAAAUGCUGCCUCAGAGAAACAGAUAAUGUGAACUCAAUAUGGUUGUAAGAUCCUCAAAGCUACCACCUUUAGGGAUUGUCAAAAAAGCAUGACCAUGUUCAUUUCUUAAGGUAUUAUCAUACGCUUUUUAGGUCAAUAAUUUGUGUUAAGUUUUUUUCUAAUCGACUGAAAAUUAGCAAUAUAUCCAGGAUUCACUUUCGAAAUCCCUCUAAAAAGGCUGGUAGCUUUAAGGAUCAUCAACUAAUUCAAAUAUCGAUUUGUUUAUAGAAGGAAGCAUAUUUUUAAAACGCGUGGUGACUUUUGCCUGGUUUUGGUAAAAAAAACCAGCAGUAAAAACAUGCCUAUAUAUAACAGAACGCAAGAAAUAGGUUCUAUGACUUCGUACUUGAAAAACUGUUGAAUUUAUUUUUACCAGCACAGUGCAUCAUCGGGCCAGUCGGUUAAGUUUUAGUUUAUGUUUCCUUCUUAAGCCCUGGAAUUUAUAUUAGGUCACCGAUUCGACACGCAUUUAUUCGUCUCUAAUAAGUUUACUAUGAGAGCGCGAUUGAAUUCGCGCUGCUGCUCUUUGCCAAUGAACACAGUGAAAAUAUAUUAAGGCAAAUUUAAUACGAUUCGACGACAUGCAGCCUUAGUGUUAGAUUUGUACACGCAAUCGUGGUCUCUUUCGGGUUUCAGAACACAAUGAGUAAAAUGGAACGUCAAGAGUGUAAUGAAACGUAAGAGUAACAGUUUCUUCCACACAUCUCUUCGUGUCUUAUUGAACACGCAGAGAUCUCCAAGUAAUAACCUUUUCCAUCGCCACUACUGAGUUACUGAGCUCUAUUAUCGGGAUAUGUUUCGGAGUAAUAAGUCAUAGAAUUAAUGACUCUAAAAUCAAGUAGCAUUAGGUCCAUUUUACUUUGACCAUAAAAAGAUUAGAUGCUCGAAAAGGACUACGAUUGCGAGAGUGUAAAUCUUAUAUUAUGAGUGACAGAAGCUUUGAAGCGCCAGUGUGUUGUCAGAGCACGCGGCCGCCGCGCCGCGCCGGCUAGGUUGUGAACGGCGCACGCGCCGCAAUAACUGAAUCUCCUCACGGUUCAUGGACUGUAUAUUUCCUGCACACAGUUGCGCCACGUGCAAUUUAGUCUGUGUUAUAUUAUUAUGUUGUUGUAUAUUUAUAUCUUACACCUUUUACAGUAAUAUGUAUAUAAUGUGAAAUUAUAUUCUUAAAAGAUUUUAAUACGCUUCACGCUUUCACUUCUAACAUUUUUUCGUGACUCGUUUCUGUUAUCUAGGAUAAAUUUACGUACCUAAAAGUAAUUAUAAUAAUUAUCAUAGAUGUAAAAUGUAAGAAACAAAAAAAAAUUAAAAAAAAAAAUAAAAAACAAAAAAAAAUACUUAUAUAAAAAACGAAAAAAAAAAGAAAAGCAAUUAAUAAAAAACCAAUGAUUGUGCCUCAAUGAACUGUGGUACGUUACCGUAACCGAUGGCAGGUUGAAUAGUUUCCUUGGAAAUGAUUACUUAUUAUGAAUUGUGCGGUAGGCGCGCCGCGACUUGCGGUUGACAAUAUAAAGGAUGAUUUAUGCUCGGCCGUUGCGGGAACGAGCCGUGUUCCGUGCGAGAUACGGACGAGAUACGGAUCCUAAAUAUCGCUUAGGGCUUGUUUCCGCCACGGUCUAGCACAGAUCAUCCCGUCUGCGAGUGCGCGGCGGGAUCCGCGUCCUCGCCUUGUGUAAUCAUUAAUGAGCUUAGCUAUGUUUUACUUUUAUUAUAAGUGUUAUGUCAUCAAUCAACAUUUUAUAUAUUAUAUAUAUACAUAUAUAUUCUUACGUGUAAAUAUUUUUAUCUAUUUAUUUUGGUUUUCAUGAAGUUUACCCGAAUUAAUAUGUAACUUAAUAAUAAUAUUGUUUAUUUAUUUGGAAUCGGAUCCGUCGGAGGUAACGCGAGGGUUUCGCACAUCGAGGACGUUUCGUACGUGCGUGCGUACUGCUAUGCUCCUUAAUACUUGUAUGUAAUGUCCGACCCAAAGGUUUUUAACACUUUAUACGUAUUUAUGCAUGCUACGGUCUCAUUUUUAUUUUUUUGGUUGAAAAUUUAAUGAGUUAUCAUUGUUUUUAAUAUAUGUCAAAAUCAAAUUUGGCGUUCUUAACGUUUGUCAGACGCAUUCUCCACAGUUAGAAAAACAUAGGUUCAAAUUACCAUAAACUAAACAACUGGUAGUCCCAAUUUUAUUAGUUAACAUCAUAGUAUAUGAGUAUAUAAUAUAAUAGUGUUAAUGUCAGUUAUUUAAUUAUUAUAUUUUUUCUAUUCUUAAAACUGAAACCAAAAAGACCGAUAGUAAUCGAGUGUAUCUUGAAUAAUAUUAUGUAACUUUCUGAUAGUCGCUAACCGGUGAAGAUUUGUCUCCUCCACACAAUUGGUGAUGAGUGUACAACCGUCCCUGAUAUGAGUUUUUUAUGAAGACAUCCGGUUGGCAACAGAAGAAUAGUUGCAGGAUUCAGUAGCUAUGCUAGUUAUACGCUUGCUUGCCGCAUCUGUAGCCAAAGCCGAACAGUUAUAAAUAGAAAACGUUCUACAGCGAAAACCUUCGGUCGGAUAUUACUUGUAUGCCAAAGUCGAUGUCUCAUUGCCAUUAACGACCACAAAAUAUUUAUAUACCUAUUCUUAGAAAAUCUGCGUGGAUCUCUGACAUCACAACAAUCUAUUGAUCGUACAAAUAAGAGCCAUUAUUGUAACGGCCUCCGAGGCCGGUGUUCUGUCCAAGCUGCUCUGGGAUUAAUUUAGCUCAAGUAUUUCAAAUAGUAGUUUGCUCAUAAUAUUGUUGUUAUUUUUGUUUAUUUUUUAUUAUCUUUAUUAUUAAAAAAAAAAAAAAAAAUACUACGUUGGCGUGCGGGUGAAAUUUUUAAAAUUGUGUUCGCCAACUACAUUAUAAUUAGCUAUUAAUGAUCUUCAACCUAAUGGACCAUUCUGUUAGGUAUUACAUCGUGUUCGCGUACAUAAUUCACGUAUACGGUACGCCUAAAACGUAUCUCGGUUAGGAUUUAAAUUUAGUUCCUCAGUCUUUCUAUCAUCUUAAAUGAUACCGACCGUUGUCUCUCCUAAAAAUAUUACUAAUUCGUUCAACUAGGCAUAUUUUACGAGCAUUUCGAAACGUCAAUUUUGUAGUGACUCUACCACCGGUUCAGCGAGUAGCAGCGACGUUUAUUAGUUCAAAUUUCAGUGAAAAUUAGUUUAAUUAAUAUGAAAACUAUACUUGAUGUCGUGCAACGGUCGGAUCGGCUUUAAAAACGCAUUUGGAUGCGAUCUCAAUCGAAAUAGCUAGAAUAAUAUUUAUUUAGUUGCUAACGCACCUUCCAGACCUCCGAGACUUCGAAACUAAUUAUUUAAUUAAAAAAAUUAGAGGCCCUUGUAGCAGUAUUGCCCCGACUGUAUAAUUCCCGGUUCGCUUGACACUUAAUGUUGUACUUUAGGAUACAACAUGGGGUAGUUCAUACUAAUUCUCUCACGAAGCCGCUACGAGAGCUUAAAAGAUCGAGUUCAACGCGUACUGCCCAAGAGUACAAAUAAGUAAGAGGGAGAGUUAAGAUAUCUGACCUCUCUUUCCUAUUUAUUACGUAGUACGUAAGUUGGUCGGAAGUUUGGAAAGGUGUGGUACGGGCUUAAUGCAGUGUCAUACUCGUAUAGGGACCAAAUACAUACGAAGCGGCAUGUUUCUGUCUCUUUCUCUCUUAACGUCCAUUGCGCUUUACGGCGAUGCUUACUAAAAAGACAACUCAUCUUUCCAUUUACGAAGAAAACGUAUGAUGACGUUGUUUAGCUUUAUAUCGUCAUAAGUGAUAAUGUACAAUAUUCAGAAGGGCCUUUUUUUAAUUUGAUAAGGUUUAGGAUUUCGCUUGUUAUCUUUGUUUAUAUAUAUUUUUGUACGUUGACGUCCUAACAAUAGAAGCAUAUUAGGUGAUAUCUACAAAUAAACUAGUCUUCCUUAUUUACGUUGGUCGUGCGGAUCGGCGUCGGCAAAAGAGGCAAUCAAUCCUCUAGUCCUGUUUCGUGGUGCGAUAAGAGAAUACCAAAUAUACUAACGAAGGCUUUCGACGUAGCGUAGCGGUAUAGUAGGGGUAUAGAGGUAGGCGGCCCGGGCAGCUUGGAACCCCCGUCUAUGUUACAAGGGAAUGGUUGGGUAGUAUUAUUGUAUUGCAUUUAUUUCUCUUUGUCAUAGUCACUCAAGAAUAUAUUUAAUUGACCUAAUGCCUAAAAUUGGAAUAUCAGAGUUUAUUUAGGAUGUUUCAUAUUUUACAUUUUAGUGUUUAAAUAUCUAAAAUUUACCUUAAUUAUAGUGAAUGGAUUUUUGUAUUAUUGGUAUAUAGCUGUAAGACAAAGGGUGUUCUCGAUUAACACAAACAACUGAUUAAUACAAAAUAAUUAAUGUACUGAGUGACUUUACGUGUAAACAGAGGGCCAUUGAUUAAAAUGUUGAAGUAAGCUAAAUUCUCUAUUUGAUAAUUUUAAUAAAUGUGAUCGCUGA